ACAGCAAAGAGCCAGUGACACGUUAGUGUUUUUCCUCUUCUUGAUUUAUUCCGUUUGUGUAAUCUGAUAGUGCUGUACCGCCUGAGUUCAGACACCCAGAGCGCCGAGGCUGGAAACAUUGCGAGCUUCGAAUUGACACAGUUUACACUUUACAAACUUUUUGGAUAUAAUAGAAAACUGGACAAAAAUGCGAAGUGUUUGGACGUUGCUUUUUCUCAACAUUUUGGGAAGAUGUUGGGAUAUCUGGGGAUUCCCACAACGGUGUAAACCCGGCAGUUAUUUCCAAGGACAGUGCAGGACUCCUGAGGAGAAACCCAAAUGCACAGAUAUCAUGUUGACCUACUGUAAAGAUAUGCCCUACUCCACCACCAUGUAUCCUAACCUCCUGGAACAAAAAAGUCGCAAUGAGGCUGAGCAAAGUGUGGAGUAUCUCCUGCUGAAUGUAGUUAAUUCAUUAUUAAAUGGGGAGUGCAGUCCAUAUAUACUUAUGCUGGGCUGCUCCAUCAUUGCACCACGCUGUGAGAACCACAAGAUCCUGAAGCCCUGCCGCAGCACUUGUGAGUCUGUGCACAAAGCCUGUGAUCGAAUGUUUGAGCGCAUUGGAAUGGCCUGGCCCUACUUUUUAGACUGUGAUCGCUUUUUUGUUAGUGAAGAGGAGGGCUGCUAUGACCCACUGGAAGGCCUGAGAGAAGAAGAGCCUGAGAUGGAUAACCUUUCAAUAGAAGAAUCCUCAUCAACAAUCCAGUUCAUGUAUCACUCCAACACACAAAUGUUCAACAUCCUCAAUAAGACAGCACAAGAAUGCUCUCACAUUUCAAGGACAUACAGCAUUGGGCAGAGCUUCGAAAGGAAAGAUCUGCUUGUAAUUGAGUUUUCAAGCAACCCUGGAGAACAUGAACUAUUGAAACCAGAGGUCAAAUACAUUGGAAACAUGCAUGGGAAUGAGGUCAUGGGUCGAGAGCUGCUGAUUUACUUGGCUCAGUACCUGUGUACUGAGUAUCUUUUGGGAAAUACACGGAUCCAAACUCUCAUCAAUACCACACGCAUCCACAUUUUGCCCUCCAUGAACCCUGAUGGUUUUGAAUUAGCCCUUUCUGAAAUGAACAGAGGUUCUGACUCAAAUCAUGAUGAGGAUAUCAUAUACACUGGAUAUACAGCUGGUCAUUACAAUGCCCAGAAUAUAGACCUCAAUAGGAAUUUCCCAGACCUGACUUCUUUUGUCUAUGACCAGCGGAGACUCAAAUACUUUCGCAAUGACCAUAUUCACAUUCCAGACUCAUAUUGGCUUGGUAAGGUUGCUCCAGAGACAUAUGCUGUUAUGAAGUGGAUACGGUCCAUUCCGUUUGUUCUGUCUGCCAGCUUUCAUGGAGGAGAACUUGUGGUGUCUUACCCUUAUGACCUCUCAAAGCAUCCUCAGAACAUGUUCUCUCCCACUCCAGAUGAGCAGGUCUUCAGGCAGUUGGCCAGGACUUAUGCAUAUGCCCAUUCCACAAUGUCUAGUCAGGACACUGACAGGUGUGGUGGCAAAUAUGCUGAUAAAGAAGGGAUUGUAAAUGGGGCUCAGUGGUACAACAAAAUAGGAGGAAUGGGAGACUUUAAUUACCUCCACACAAAUUGCUUUGAGAUAACAGUAGAGCUGGGGUGUGACAAAUUCCCAGCAGAGGAUGAUUUAUCUACAGGCUGGUUAGAAAAUAAAGAGGCUCUCCUGACUUUCUUGGAGUCGGUGCAUAGGGGUAUUAAAGGAAUUGUGAAAGAUGAAGAUGGCCAUGGUAUUAAAGGAGCCACUGUAUCAAUCAGAGGGAACAGGCAUUUCAUCACUACAGCUGAAAAUGGUGAUUAUUGGAGACUGCUGACACCAGGGACCCACAUUGUCAUUGCCUCAGCACCGGGUUAUAGCAAAGUCAUGAAGCGGGUACACCUCCCUGCUCACAUGCAGAAGGCUGGUCGAGUGGACUUUGUGCUUAAGAAAGUUCCAUUGGAGCCAGAGAUUAAUGAAUUGAACAUCCUUCAUUUGGGUAGCUAUGAGCGCUUUGACCCUUAUAACCUGCUGGCACAGUAUUACACUAGAGAAACUAGGCAGAAUGUAGAGGAGCGGCAGGAGAAGCCCUGGUGGUGGCCUUAUUUUACACAGUUGGGUAACCAAAACCCCUCCUGGCUCCUGAGAAAUUAGCUCCAUCUAGUGCUCUGAAAUUAUCUACGCAGCCUAUGCUUGGGUCAGUUUUAAGACUAUAAAUGAGUGUAUUGUAGACAUAUAA